UUGAACCUCAUUCAGAUACGCGUCAACUCCUUUUGUAAGCAUAUUCAAUUUCCUUCUCUCGUCUUUCUCUGUUUCCUACCUUCUUUUGAGUUCUGGCUUCACGAGAACACUGUUGCACAACUGACAUAUCCAUGUGAAGAAAUAGAUUUUAAAAACCCAGUUUCUCCGUAGAUUUCUGUGAGAAAGUUGACCUUAAUAAAGAUGGAGUCUCAGCACAAGAGUAGCCUGCUGAUCCUCAUUAUGGUGGGGGUAAUCUGCUUAUCAUUUCUCCAUGAAUUGCAGGCAGUCCCUGUUACUAGAACCCUCAGCUUGGCAGAUCAUGAACACUACUUCAGCAAUGGUCAGAUGGUUGAAGAUGAGAAAUGGUGGGUAGGUACAGAUGAACAAGUUAUCCAGGGGCGAAGUGACAUUGAAAGCCUGGACUAUCCCCCAUCUGGUGCAAAUCAUAGCCAUGAACCAGGAGGUGGCUCAAAGCCACCUAUAAAGAACUCACCAUAGAUGGCAUGCAUGAAUGCAAGCUUGAAUUUCCAGAACUUAAGGCUGUCUGUUUAUUCUGCAUUAACCAGUCAUUACUAUGUAUAUGCAUGGAUGAAGCUCUAGUGCACUAUUACUUCUAUAGAAAGAUUAAUCCGUAUCUAUAUAAUUGUAGCUUGAGUGCCUCAACUGAAAACUAAGCAUCUUUGAAGAUUGUUAAGGAAGAGUAGUCUGUCCACAAAGUAUAACAUAGCAUGGUUUUGUAGUAGCAAUUCUACUUGCACAUUUAUGUGUAGGUACUCCAAAAUACGCUUGCACCAAGUACUCGAUGAAUGAACACUUGUUUCUUUGUGGGUUUUGUGUGAGUAAACUAAUCCUAUUUGUUAAGCAGGACUUGGGCUUAAUGUUGGGGUUAAUGUGUUUUGGAACUUGGGCAAAAAUAUAUGAAAAGUAUAUGAGAAAAUAAAUGUAUUUAGCUUAUUGAAUAAAUAAUAUAUGUUGUUGGUGAAGAUUCUAAAAUUUAA